UAAACACGCCAAGGAUCGGCAGGUACGAUCCGGGCCGACUGCCUGCCGGGGGACGUGAAUUUGCAUUCGUAUUCGGACUUUGUUCCGAUUUCUUAUGGUCCGCAUCCAUGGCGUGUCGUCUAACAGCAGUAGAGUUCAUUUCCUCUGGUUUGACAGUCGAGCAAUAUGCCAUUUCUCUGUUGGAUCGUAUCAAGGCUCGCGAUGACGCUGUCCAAGCUUGGGCUUACCUCGAUCCAGAAUAUAUUCUGGCCCAGGCUCGCGAGCUAGAUAAGGUCCCGAGCGACAAGUGGGGACCGUUACAUGGCGUUCCAAUUGGGGUCAAGGAUAUCAUGUAUACAAAAGGCAUGCCGACCCAACACAACUCACUAAUAUACGAGAACGACGCUCCAGUUGUAGAUGCGGGGCCUGUCGCAAUCCUGAGGAAUGCCGGGGCACUGAUAUUUGGCAAGACCACAACGUCCGAAUUUGCAUCAGUAUUCACAGGUCCCAAGACGCGUAACCCUCACGAUCCGAAUCGUACGCCGGGUGGCUCGUCUUCCGGCUCUGGGGCAGCAGUGGGUGACUUCCAAGUACCUAUAGCAUUAGGUACUCAAACAAUCGGAAGUAUCAUCCGGCCAGGGUCCUACAAUGGUGUUUUUGCAUUUAAACCCACCUGGGCGUCCAUCUCUCGUGAAGGAUCGAAGAUCUUCUCACUCAUCUUUGAUACAGUGGGUUUCUUCACACGAAGCAUCGCAGACCUUCAGCUCCUCGCCGACGUUUUCAAGUUAUCUGAUGACGAGGAACCGGGGGCUUUUGAGCUCAAAGGUGCUAAAUUCGCUGUGUGUAAAACGCAUGUAUGGCCUCAAGCUGGUCAGGGAACUGUAGACGCGCUAGAGCUAGCGGUGAAACUUCUUCGGGAACAUGGCGCUGAGAUUGAGGAGCUCGAACUUCCGGAGGAAUUCUCUAGGAUAACCCAAUGGCAGCGCAAUGUCUUGGACGGCGAUGGAAGUGUGAGUUUCCUCCCGGAGUACAAUCUAGCGAAGGAUAAAUUGGACCCGCUUCUUCUUGGUUUUGUUGAAAACACCAUGAAGCUUUCAAGGAGGGACUAUUUAGCUAGUUUCGAUGCUAUUGCGUCGCUGAGACCAAGGAUCGACGCGAUUGCGAGAAGAUAUGCUGCUAUUCUUACUCCCAGUGUUCACGACGAGGCUCCAGAGGGCAUCUCAACUACGGGAAGUGCUGCUUUUUGUGGGAUGUGGACGGCACUGCAUGUUCCCGUUGUCAAUAUCCCAGGAUUUACAGGCAGCCAUGGUAUGCCUAUCGGGGUAUCUUUGGUUGCCUCAAGGCACCGCGAUCGACACCUGUUGAAUAUAAGCCAGGUGGUGGGAGAGGCUUUUGCGGCCGGUGGGUGGAAUCCAGUAUUGUAAAGAAAGAUAGCACUUAUGGAGAAGAGUCUCCGUCGUUUCCGUCUGAAAUGAUUAACUGUGCGUAAUACUUACGCCGACUAGUGGCUUCUAGUUCGCAUGCUUACGUGGUGCGCAAAUGUCUCGCAUAAGUUUGCUCAGUAGA